CGCACCUGGCGACAGGUGUCCCCAGGCCGCCAUGGCAUCAGACGAAGGCAAGCUUUUCGUCGGAGGGCUGAGUUUUGACACCAACGAGCAGUCGCUGGAGCAGGUCUUCUCGAAGUACGGGCAGAUCUCGGAAGUGGUGGUCGUGAAAGACCGGGAGACCCAGCGGUCGCGAGGCUUUGGGUUCGUCACGUUUGAGAACAUCGACGAUGCCAAGGACGCCAUGAUGGCCAUGAACGGGAAGGUCUCCGGUUUCCAGUCUGUGGACGGGCGGCAGAUCCGAGUUGACCAGGCCGGCAAGUCGUCCGACAACCGAUCCCGAGGCUAUCGAGGUGGCUCUGCUGGCGGCCGGGGCUUCUUCCGAGGGGGCCGAGGCCGGGGCCGUGGGUUCUCCAGAGGAGGAGGGGAUCGAGGCUACGGAGGGAGUCGCUUUGAGUCCAGGAGUGGGGGCUAUGGAGGCUCCAGAGACUACUACAGCAGCCGGAGUCAAGGUGGCGGCUAUGGCGACCGGAGCUCAGGCGGGUCCUACAGAGACAGCUACGACAGUUACGCUACACACAACGAGUAAAAAUCCUUCCUGCUCAAGAUCGUCCUUCCAAUGGCUGUAUAUUUAAAGAUUUUGGGAGCUUCGCUGAAUCGUUCAUGUGUAGUGAACACACCUCCUUGUACCCCACUUUUGUAGUCCUAUCCGUUUUGAUCUUGUCAAACACAGCCUGACUGCUUCUGACCCCCAGAUGGCUUCGUUUACCUAGACUACUCUUCUUAAGGAAGCGUUGUCAGUUUUUAAGGGUUUUAAAAAUGUUCUGAAAAGCACUUCAGAUUUUAUUUUUUUUCUUUUUACCCUGAGCCAUAAGAUUUUUAGGAAAUCUUUGGGGGUUGUGUGGGUUUUGGUUUUGGUUGUGUUGCCUUUUUUGUUUCUCUUUUUACUGGGUCGGCCCGUGAGGUCGGGUGCCCCAGUUCACUUCUCUUUAAGAUUGAAUGGACUCUGAAUCCGCUUUUUGCCGGAAGCUCAGCAAGCUGUGGCUUUUUUCCAGCUCUGUGUACUGUUUCUGCGUGUAGCGUGGUAGGACCCAUGCCGGGGCUGUGGCAGAGGUACCCCGGCGGCCCCGGGCCUGGCCUGUUCGGCCCUUCCGUGCUGUGUAUGACGCACAGCAAGAGUUGCAGAUGUCCCUUUGAGAGGUUCUUGAAAAUGUUUAUUUAUAUUGUCUUUUUUUACCGGAAGACGUAUGCAUAACCCAUUGAUGUUGUAUCUGAAGCGGUUAAGGAAUUCUUGUACGCAGUUUUCUUUGGCUUUACGAAGCCGAUUAAAAGACCGUCUGAAACGAACCUUGCUCUGACAAUUUCCCUUUCAUUGCACAACACACUCCCUGCUCUCGGGUUCGAGGCGGUCAGAACUGAGCGGAAAGGGCAGUUUGAGAAGUAGGUCUGCCGGU